UUCCAAGCAUUCCGAAAAAAUGUUCAAUGCUUAUCACGUGAAAAUGUUAUUAGUAAGCUUAAUUCGACGACCCUCAUUUCCCAUGUGGGAUGAUAGAUAUUGCAAGCCGUCGAGAGUUACAGAUGUAUUGGUGAUAAACUCAUAGUCUGGUGCAUAGUUUAUUAUUCUACUCCAUCUCCCCACGAUAUUUGUGGUGGAAUCAUCGACAUUAUGAAUUCCAUACUUCGACCUACUCUUAAAAUACGAUUACCUUUGGUGUCUACCAACUCCUUGUUGAAGUGCCGUUACAACAAUCCUACUCAUGGCCGUCCUGGCAAAAUUCAAAUAAGGAGAAGAUUCCAAGGAACAAUCUCAAAGAAUUCCGAGAGCAGAAUUUUCCAAAUAUCUGAGGAAGUGGAAGAAGCUACAAAAUCUAAUAAACCAGUUGUAGCUUUAGAAAGCACCAUUUAUACCCAUGGAUAUACAUAUCCUGAGAACGUUCAGUUGGCUCUCGAACUAGAGAAUAUUGUUCGUAGUAAUGGAGGAAUUCCAGCAACAAUUGGAGUUUUGGAUGGUGUAGCUCGUGUUGGGUUAACCAAGGAGGAGUUGAUUGCUGUCGCAUCUGCACAAGGAAAACCGGAGACUAUGAAGGUCUCUCGUAGGGAUUUACCUUAUAUUCUGGGAAUGGUGAGUGAUUUUUCCCUGUAUCAAACCAUCAUCUUGAUAUAUUUUAUCGAUUGUCAAUGUCUUAAUCACGAAUAGGGCAUUUCUGGACGCAAAAUUACCGGAGGUACUACGGUUGCUGGUACCAUGAUAUUAGCGCAAAAAGCUGGAAUUAGCGUUUUUGGUACUGGUGGACUGGGAGGUGUUCACCGUGGAGGUCAGGACAGUAUGGAUAUUUCCGCCGACCUCAGUGAACUUGGACGCACUGCAGUUGCCGUUAUUAGUAGUGGCUGUAAAAGCUUUUUGGAUAUUCCUCGUACAUUGGAGUAUUUAGAAACUCAAGGUGCUGGUGUCUUCACAUUUGCAGAUGGACGUACUGGACCAAUCGACUAUCCAGCAUUUUACACACGUGAUAGUGGUGUUAAGAGUCCGAUGGUUGUUCAGAAUGCUCAAGAGGCUGCUGCUAUUAUCUGUAAGUUUUGAUUGUACUCUCGGUGAGUGACGUUGGUUAGGUGAUGAUUAACACCAAUAGAUGCCCAAGAUUUCUUCAAACCUACUAGCGGUUUUCAUUUUGCGAAUCCAAUUCCUGAAGAAUUCUCCAUCCCUAAAUCCGAAAUUGACUAUGCAAUCGAUCAAGCGGUCCAAGAAGCUGCCGAACAGGGUUUCCAUGGUCACAGGAAUACUCCUUUCAUCCUGGCGAGGAUCAAAGAACUUACAAAGGGUAAUAGUGUUGCAGCGAAUCGAGCGUUGAUAGAAUCCAAUAUAAAAAUGGCGACUAGAGUUGCCAUCGAGCUUUCUAGGUUGAGAUUAGAUAAAACCGAAAGCUGGUUAGUAAAGUGAGGUUCAUUUAGAUAUAUAGUAACUCAAUAAAUGUUAUAGGAACAAUGCUAGCAAAGUGCUCAGGCAGCCGUCCACUACGGCAGAUGCAAGUAGGAUGUAUUCAAAUCACCCUAGUGCCAUAGAGUCAGACUCUUCCAACAUCCCCAAUCCGAAGGUUUGCAAACUCCUCCUUGACUAUCAAAAUACCUUUACAAGGAAACCAUGCUCCAAGUUUCAUCACUUUCUGACCUCCGACCUCAUGUAGCCCAGUAUAGUUGUCGUAGGCUCAGUAGCCAUAGAUCUUUCUUGUGACUAUACUCCUCGUACCAACCAAUCCACAGGAGGUUCUUCACCACAGAUGCACACAUCAAAUAUCGCCAAAAUCCGGUCAUCGAUUGGUGGAGUCGGCUAUAACGUCUUACAAGCAGCUCAACUUAGUAGUAAAGGGCCUGUCAGUCUCUAUACUUUCAUUGCUGACGACCAGUAAGCACUCUACGGUCCUAUCAUCAACCACGUCUAAUGAAUCUAGGGCCGGAAAGACGAUACUUCAGAGCUUACAAGCCAACGGAAACAAUACCGAUGAUAUCACAAUAUGUUCAAAGGAAUCUGAUUACCGCACAGCUCAAUAUGUCGCCAUCAAUGAUGGAAAGAAAGACCUCGUCAUAGCUAUGGCCGAUAUGGAUAUAUUUACUAGACCUUCAGAUGACUCAUCUAUCCAAGCCAUGUACAGUAAACUCAGCACUCUUACUUCCUCCACGAAAUGGAUCAUCAUAGACGGAAAUUGGCAAGCAGAAGUAAUACACGAAUUUCUGCACGCCGCCAAAUCACCUUCAUCAACCAUCAAAAUCGCAUUCGAGCCCGUUUCCACCACAAAAUCAGCCCGCCUUUUUGAGCACCCGACCAAAUCAUCUCUCAAAACCAAAAAACUCCCCGUCUACCCAAACCACAUCGUCGAUCUCGCAACACCUAAUGAGCACGAACUCACCUCUAUGCACGAAGCCGCAACUACACAAGGGAAAUUCGAAAGCGAAGAAUGGUGGAAAACCAUCGAUUCCCUUGGAAUUCCCAGCACAGGGGCUAGAGACCGUUUCAUACACAUAACAUCGCAAGAUCUCACCAAUCAAGGAAUCCCCGUCAAAGCCGUUCAACUCCUUCCCUUCAUCCCUACCAUCCUUACGAAACUCGGAGCUCGCGGAGUUCUACUUACUUCUAUAUUAAGUCCUAGUGAUGCGCGACUCCGAGAUCCAGAUCAUGCUCCAUAUAUCCUGUCGCGUUGUGCGAAUGGAAGUGAAGAGGUUGGGGGUGUGUAUAUGAGGUUAUUUCCUACGGUGGAGGAGGUGCAGGAGAAUGAUGUGGUUAGUGUUAAUGGGGUUGGUGAUACAUUUUUGGGAGUGUUGAUUGCGGGGUUGGCGAGGGGGUGUGAGUUGGGUGAUGGGUUGGUUGGGAUUGCGCAGAGGGGGGCGGUGAUGACGUUGAAAAGUUUUGAGAGUGUUAGUCCUGAGGUGGGGAGGUUGAGCGAGGAGUUGGAUGAGUUAUAUCACUUGCAAGGGCAAAGUGGUGGAAGACUUCUUCAGUAAGAUAGGGGAUGAUGUAUGAAGUUAUGAUUAUUCUAGGAUUUACACAUCUAGUGCUAAUUAGUUUGGCUCUUGAGGAAAUAACCCGAUUUUUUUCCCUCCAUGAUU